AUGGGAAUACCUGCAAUCCAACUUUUUUUAAUUUUUGCACGUCAAAUGGCUAAACCAGUUAGUAACAGAAUUAUGACUUAUGGAAGAAAACAUCCAUUUUUCCGCAAUAAAAUACUUAUUCCGGCUGGGAGAGGUAUAACGAACAUUACAACACGCCUUCGAAUGCGGGAUUUAGGACUUGGAAAACCUCAGACUUUAGUGCAAUUAUCUGAUGAAGCAGCGUUAGAGCAGGUUUACUUCUUUUUUUUAAUUUUUUAG